AGAAGAAGAAUUCUAACCUCUCUAUAUUUUAAACGUCAAAUUUGUAAAUAACCUUUUAAAAUAACAUAAAAAUGAUAUGAUUGAAUUUUUCUAUAGAUAAGACAGUCUCUUAACGCUUAGUGCACUGCUUUAAAAUCUAGUCUACUUAAAUUAUCUAUUAAAUAAGAAACCUAGUUACGUAAUAAUCAUGUCUUUUACUAGAUUAAAAAAUCAGUUAUCUCUUGCGUUUACCUUACAUAAAAACACAAAUUUAAAGUUAAUAAGAUGUGUGAGCAAUACAGGAACAUUGCAACCUGUAGAUAUGUCGUAUGCGACAUAUGAAAGCACUAAUAGUGAAAACCAAAGUCAUCCCUUUAUAAUUAUACAUGGCUUAUUUGGUUCGAAGUCAAACUGGAACAGUAUCUGUAAGUAUUAUAACCAAAGAUUCAAUCCAUCCAGAAAAAUUAUAGCUGUUGAUACUAGAAAUCAUGGUGAUAGCCCUCAUAGUGAUCAACAUACCUAUGCUCACCUGGCAGCAGACAUAAAAGCACUGUAUGGACAGUUGAAUAUUAAAAAAGCUACAAUAAUGGGCCAUUCUAUGGGUGGUCGAGCUUCCAUGUUAUUUGCUCUGAAAUAUCCUGAGCUUGUAGAAAGACUGAUAGUGGCAGAUAUUUCUCCAGUAACUAGUAGUCCAAAUCUGGAUACUUUACCGAUUAUUUUUAAAGUUGUUGAAACGAUUAAACUACCUUCCAACAUUCCUAUGUCACAAUGUAGGACUAUUGUAGAUAACGAAUUAGCGAAAUCUAUAGAUGACAAGGCUUUGAGGGCAUUCCUUUUAACGAACUUGAUUCAAAAAAGCAAUGGCAGCUUUGGAUGGAGAAUAAAUAUACCUAGUUUAUUAACUAAUUUCCACCAUGUAACGAAAUUUCCCCAACUUAAUGACUUACAGUAUGAUGGUCCAACGUUAUUUGUAGCUGGAGGCAAAUCUGACUAUGUACCCUACGGUUGGAGAUUUAAUACCAAAACUCUUUUGGAAAAUUUUGAGCAGAUGACAAGUUUUCCAAAUAUUUUUAACGUUUCUUUUGAAGGACGUACAAUGUUUCUAGGAGGUGGAAACUCGGAUCACAUUCAGAAAAGUGACUUCCCGAAAAUAUUAAAGUUAUUUCCAAAUGCUGAACUUAAGUAUAUUGAAGGCGCAGGUCAUUGGUUACAUAGCGAAAAGCCAGCAGAGUUUUUAUCAAUUACAUUAGAGUUUUUGAAUAGGCGUUCGGAUAUUAAGCAAUUAGAGUCGAAAACAAUAAACUAACUGUGAUAAUUUACACUAUGUCGAUAGAUAUAAUAUAAAGUAAAGUCGAA